UCGCGUUGUCAAAAGAAAAGGAAAGAAAAAAAGGAAGCGCUUGGAAAAACUGUGUUGUGGCUGAUUUGAUUAAAUUUUCAUAUUCCUGCAACGCUCUAACGAAACAACAGAAACCGUCUAGAAUGAGCAAAAAGGAGGACAAAUCCCAGCCAGGCGAAGAGCUGGUGAAGGUGAACAAGUGGGAUGGCUCCGCGGUGAAGCACGCCCUGGAUGAUGCCGUAAAGACUUGCCUGCUGGGCGAUCGUCCCCAUCUCAAGGAGCAAUUCGGUCUGGUCAACACACGUCUGGCACUGUGCGCUUUGGCCGUUGGCGUGGCCAUUAUGGCCCAUGCCUGGGACUACACCCACCCGUUCCCCCAGUCCCGUCCCGUACUAAUGUUCAGCGUGCUGGCCUACUUCGCCCUAAUGGGCGUACUGACGCUCCAUACGAGCUUCCGCGAGAAGGGCACCUUCGCGGUGGCCGUCCACAAGGAGAAGGAGCGCACCUGGGAGGCGAGCUCUGACAUGAAGAAGUACGACGACAAAUAUCUGCUCACCCUGAGUGUGCGCGACUCCAAGGGUCAGCGUGAGCUGAACAGCGCCAAAUCAUGUGCGGCCUUCAUCGACACCAAUGGCAUCAUACUGGACAAUCUGGUGGCCAACGAGGUCAACCGCUUGUACAAUUCUUUGUCCGCGGAAAAGAAGGACAAAUAGCAAGAAUCGGUAUAACAAAAACACAAAACAAACACCAGCAAAAGUCCCUUCCCAUCAAAUACUUUGGGGAAUGGCGGCAAUUCAUUUGCAAUGUUCCUCAAAUUUUUUUUUUUUUGCUGCUGUGUAAUUUCGGUUUCCUCUUCUCUCAUUAAAUUGUAACUUGUAUGGUAA